AUGCCGGACUGCCACAGUCGAGGUCUCGGAGACACUGUUAUAUAUCUAUUAUAUAUAUAUUGUUGCAUCGUUCGUAUUUGUUCUUCUACGUUUACGACCAAUGAAGUUGAUAUCGCGAAGGCGUUAUUAUUUGAUACAAUCAAAACAAAGAGGCGGAAUAUCUCCAGAAGAAGAGAUGGGAAAAUACAAAGAGAUCUUGAAGAUAUUAUAGCGAUCUUUAAGGAUACCGAUCCCGAGACGAUACCAACAUAUGUAGCCAGGGAUUUACACAAACUCCCUCCAGUAACCUUUGACCACGUCGAUGUGACUGCUUUAUUGAAAGAUAUAUUAAUAUUAAAGAGAGACGUAGAAAAGAUAAAGCUAUCGUACGUUACUAAUAAGCAGGUUCAAGAACUAGAAAAUAAUUUACUGAAUGGGCGGUAUGCGUCAAUUAUCAGACCUGACCCUGAGUGUAACGUUAACACGAAGCGAGGCGCGUAUUUGUUGGACAGCGGGCCGGUUGCGUUUCAAUUUCAAACAUCGGGGAAUGAUGAGUCAUAUAACGGAAUAAACGAUGUGCACAAACGCGACGAUGGCAGCGGGGACGGUACGGGAGCGGGCGCGGGCAUCGUUACCUGUGCCGGUACGCAGCCACACUUGCUCUCGUCUGACAGUGACAGCGCGCGACUGACGUGCGGAGGAAGCGAGAUCAUUGCGUCUCGCUCUCACCUACAGGAAGGUAUGCCGAACGCUGUAGUUGUUUCUACACCUACUCGCUCGCGCAAACAGACUAAUAAGGUGACUGACAGUUCGGAACGCAAACUGUCAUAUGCGGAGUUGGUAAACAAAGAUGGACAGUGGGAAAAAUCAUCCAAACAAGAUAAUGAAUGGAUUCUUGUUCAGAAAAAGCGAUCUAGAAAUAGGUUCAUUGGAUCUAAAGGAAAGGCGGAAUCUUCAGCUACGGCGAAGUUCAAGGCGGCGGACACGAAAGUCCCGCUUUUUAUUUCGAACGUGCAUAAAGAUGUUUCGGAAACAGAUAUUGUGGACUAUAUCUAUGCAAAGACGAAGGAGACUGUUUCCCUGGCCAAAAUAAAAAUGAAACAGCAACGAGACUAUAAUUCUUAUAAGGUAUUCGUCACGAAAUACAAACUGGAUGUCUUUCUAGAUGACAACCUGUGGCCAUGUGGAAUUUCGUUUAGGCGUUUCGUAAACUUACGGGAAAGACUUAAACAAAAGGGUGGCGAAGUGACACAAAAAACUGAUGACCAGCACGAAAAUUAGUAGAUUAACUAGUUACAAUUGUAAGUCGCUCAAGCGAGCAAAUCAAAUCAAAUCAAAUCAAAUCAAAUCAUUUAUUCAGAAAUUAGGCCUUCACAGGCACUUUUUCACGUCAUAAUCUAAAUUAAAUGAUGUUUACCAAAGCUACAAACUACUAGCAUUUCGGAACGACCACUGCUGAGAAGAAAUGCCGAAAGAAACUCAUUCAAACAGUGUUGGUCCCUAUUAUGCCAGAAGGGCUUGCCA